AUGGGAGAAGCAAAAUCUAUUCAAUUUGAUCAAAUCUAUUAUGAACCUAACUCAGAACCUGGCGUAUUGAAACUCGCGCCUAUAGGUUUAGGUUGGAAAACUACGUUAACAGACACAAUAUUAACCGUUCCAUCUGAGGAUUUUAAAAAGAUGCAGUGGAUUCAUGUGGCACGUAACUAUCAACUAAGAAUUCAACGUAAAAACGGUGACGCUUUGAAAUUUGAUGGGUUUCUCAAAGAUGUGAGUGUUCUAGGUGGAAUUGCAAAACCUGAUUUUGAUACCCUAAGAGAAUUAGUAAAAUCAAAUUAUCGAUUGAAUCUUGAAAUCAAAGAACUUAGUGUCAAAGGCUGGAACUGGGGCAAAACUGAUUUUCAAGGUUCUCAAUUACUCUUUAAUGUGGGCAACAAGACAGCAUUUGAACUUCCCUUAAAUCAGGUUGCAAACACCAAUCUUGCGAGCAGAAAUGAAGUCAAUUUGGAAUUCAUGCAACCCGAACAAAUAGAUGAAGAUGCACAACGUGGCGCAUUAAAGACUCUGGUGCACGAAUUAGUAGAAAUGAGAUUUUAUAUCCCGGGCAUGGUGAUAGUUGCCGGUGAAGGAAUUGCUGAGGAGAUUAGUGCUGCUUCUAUGUUCUAUGAAACU